CUAUCACGGAGAGAGCCCACCUCUAUAUGGAGUGUCACUCUAAAGUCUAAACACCCUCUAAAAGUUAACCAAAUGUGCUGGUUAUCCUGGCCCAAUUUAUUACUGGGCUGGCUUCUUUAGAGCCAGCUUUUUUCUGAUGUUUCAAUUUUACUCAGUCACAAACAUCUAUUGCUCGACUAGUCGACGUUGAGAAACCCGAAAGCUUGUUCUCUGCGCGAAUGGCUUCACCGACGGAUCCCAAGAUCCAAACUGAGCAGAAAAUGGUAAGGACUCAAAGGAAGCCCCCAUUUAUGAUGCUGCUCCCUUUGGUAUACGCUCCUGUUCUUCCUCUUAUUCGAAUUUCGUUGCGGCACAACCCUGUUGUGAGGGAUAGGCUGUUCUAUGGCGUUCUCGCUGGGGCAUUUGCUCAUGGACUCUACUUAAUAUCAGAGCUCUAUGAUGUUGAGAGCAAGUGAAGCUUUGAAGUCUGUGCCCAGAGGAUUUGAUUUCUUGGUAGCCUCCUCAUUUUGAAAAAUUAUUGUUAUUAUUAUUAUCGUUGUUGAAAUAAUAAACAUUAUGCAGCAUGGGAAUAUUGUUGAAGGAUUCCUUUUUAAAGGCAUGAGCUGCUUCCCAUUCUAAUGGUUUGGUGUUUUCACCUAUAGAAUUAUUUAGCUGUUUGCAUGUGGUACGAUGUUAGCUCGUCAUUUACAAAGGGGCAGCCUGUGUUCCUGACUUCCUCCUGAUCUAUACAUCGAGUUGCCGGAUUUGAAUCACGAAGAAAAAUUGUGGAUGAUCCUGUUCGAUCAAAGAAGACGGUGAAAGGCAAGAAUUGAGUUGUGUAAGAAAAUGGAAAGAAAUCU